GAGCGGUCAGAAACUUUUUCGUGAGCUUGAGAAGCAAAUCCCUUUGUCACACUAUUUUGGCAUGCUAACCGAACCCCUUUAAGCCAAACAGAUUUGCGUUUUUUCUCCGAUCCGAGCUCUGAUUGGGUUCGGCCGCUCCCUGCAGCUAGGGUUCCCAAGCUCUUAGAACCUUUCAGGGAUUCUGUGGUUUGGGGAAGCAAGUAAGAAUGGUCGACGAAGGAGGAGACCCUCGAAACGCCAAUGGCGCAGCUGCAAAUCAUCUCAUGAUAUUGAAGGAAGGAAUAUAUUUGAUCCUCUCCCGAUGGGCAGCUCUUCUUUUCGCCGUCGAGAACGAGUCCGGCGGUCGCGGCUCCCGCCAGUUAGCCGAUCAACUCGCUUCGGAUGUUUACUCCUGGUUCACCAAACAGCGCAAAGCCAAUGAGCCGCUUUAUAUCGAUGACCUCGAGAACAUUCUCGACGAAACCAUGUAUGCUCAUCUCCACAUCGACAUGAAUGAUGAUGGCGUUGAAAUUGAGGAGGUAGCAGAGAAAAUGAUGAUUAUGCACGAGGAAUGUAUGGAAGGGAACUAUAGCUCUGUUGAGAAGUUGAGAAGGGCUGCUGCUGAGCCUUGUAGAACAUCAUCUCGUCAAUACAUUAUCAGACAGGAUGAUGACCUUGAUGAUGAUGAUGAUGCUUCGUCGUCGGGAAGUGGUGGAGAUGAUAAUAUGAUGAUGGUGGAUUCUCCAGUAGUUCCUCAGAAAAUAGAUGAUGGUGAUGGGUGGACGUUGGUCUCUUCCAAGCGACGUAGUGGUAGAAGGAAUCGCUAAAUAGGAUGAUGGUGGAUGAUGAUGCUUCGUCGUCGGGAAGUGGUGGAGAUGAUAAUAUGAUGAUGGUGGAUUCUCCAGUAGUUCCUCAGAAAAUAGAUGAUGGUGAUGGGUGGACGUUGGUCUCUUCCAAGCGACGUAGUGGUAGAAGGAAUCGCUAAAUAGGAAUUUCAGAGUCGAUAAACUCAGAGGCAAGCAAGCAAGCUGUUCAGGCAGAGUAAGAUCGUGAAUCGUCCUCUCCGGUGAAACGAGAGGCAGGAGGAAACUUAGAUUGGACUUCAUUAAAGCUAUUAUGUUCUUCUUCCACGGCCCUGUUUUCGUGAUUUGGUUUAAUUAGUUCCAAUUGAGUUAAGGGCGCAAACAACUGUAAAACUCUGUCUACCAAGUAGUCAAGCACAUAAUUUUGUGCAUGGCAAUUUUCAAUCCACCA